AGAGCAGUAUCACUCCCCCCCCCACAGAGAGCAGUAUCACUCCUCCCAUCCCACCCAGAGAGCAGUAUCCUCCUCCCCCACCGCAGAGAGGCAGUAUCACUUCCCCCCACCGACAGAGAGCAGUAUCACUCCUCCCCCACACAGAGAGCAGUAUUCAAUCCUCCCCCACCGCAGAGAGCAGUAUCACUCCUACCCACCACAAGAGAGGCAGUAUCACUCCUCCCCACCACAGAGAGCAGUAUCACUCUCCCCCACCGCAGAGAGCAGUAUCACUCCUCCCCCCACCGAGAGACGGGAUCACUCUCCCCCACGACAGGAGCAGUAUCAUCCUCCCCACCGCAGAGAGCAGUAUCACUCCUCCCAACCACGGAGAGCAGUAUCAACUCCUCCCACCGCAGAGAGCAGUAUCCAACUUCUCCUCCCACCACAGAGAGCAGUAUCACUCCUCCCCACCGCAGAGAGCAAUCAUCCUCCCCCCCCAGAGAGCAGUAUCACUCCUCCCCCCCACAGAGAGCAGUAUCACUCCUCGCCCACCAGAGAGAGUAUACACUCCUCCCCCCCAGAGAGCAGUACAGCCUCUCCCCCCCACCCAGAGAGCAGUAUCACUCCUCCCCCACCACAGAGAAGCAGCAAUCACUCCCAUCCACGAGGAGCAGAUCUACUCCUCCCCCACCACAGAGAGCAGUCACUCCUCCCCCCCACCAGAAGCAGUAUCACUCCUCCGCCCACCACACGGAGCAGUAAUCACUUCCUCCCCCCACACCAGAGAGCAGUUCACUCCCUACCCACCAGAGAGCAAGUAUCACUCCUCCCCCACCACAGAGAGCAGUAUCACCCCCCCCCACAGAGAGCAUCUCACUCCUCCCCACCUACAGAGAGCAGUAAUCACUCCUCCCCCACCACAGAGAGCAGUAUCACUCUCCCCACUACAGAGAAGCAGUAAUCACUUCCUCUCCCCCACAGCAGAGAGCAGUAUACUCCUCCCCCGCACCACAAGAGAGCAGUAUCACUCCUCCCCACCGGCAGAGGCAGUAUCAAUCCUCCCCACCCUAGAGAGCAGUAUCACUCCUCCCCCAACCACAGAGAGCAGUAUCACUCCUCCCCCACCAGAGAGCAGUAUCAUCCACCCGCCCACCAGAGAGCAGUAUCACUCCUCCCCACCGCAGAGAGGCACGUAUCACUCCUCCCCACCACAGAGAACAGUAUACUCCUCCCCCACCUCAGAAGGCAGUAUCACUCCUCCCCCCCACAGAGAGCAGUAUCACUCCUCCCCCCACAGAAGAGCAGUAAUCAAUCCUCCCCACCACAGAGAGCAUAGUCCUCACCUCCCCCACCGCAGAGAGCAGUAUCACUUCCUCCCCACCCAGAGAGCAGUAUCACUCCCCCCGCCCCCAGAGAGCAGUAUCACUCCUCCCCCACGCAACGACGAGCAAGAGCAGUAUCACUCCUCCCCCACCACCAGAGAAGCAGUAUCACUGCUCCCCCACGCAGAGAGCAGUAUCACUCUCCCACCGCAGAAGCAGCUGCACCUCCCACCGAGAGCUUACCCUGGCCCGCACCCAGAGAGCAGUAUCACUCCCCCCCACCACAGAGAGCAGCACUCUCUCCCCCAGCCACAGAGAGCAGUAUCACUCGCUCCCCCCGCAGAGAGCAGCACCCUCCUCCCCACCACAGGGAGCAGCUAUCACUCCUCCCCCACCACACGAGAAGCAGUAUCACUCUCCCCCACCACAGAGAGUAGUAUCGCUCCUCCCCCCACAGAGAGGAGUAAUCAAUUCUGCCCGGCGUGCGAGAGCAGUAAUCACUCUCCCCACUACCGAGAGGCAGUAUCUUUCACCCCACCACAUGAGAGCAAGUAUCACUCCUCCCCCACCAAUCAGAAGCGAGAGAGCAGUAUCACUCCUCCCACGCACGACCAGUUCAUCCUCCCCCACAGAGAGCGUAUCACUCCUCCCCACACCGCAGAGGAGCAGUAUCACUCCUCCCCCACCGGCAGAGAGCCAGUAUCUCUCCUCCCCACCGGCAGAGAGCAGUAUCACUCCUACCCACCACAUGAGAGCAGUAAUCACUCCUCCCCCACCGCAGAGAGCAGUAUCUCUCCUCACCCCACCACAGAGGAGCAGUAUCAAUCCUCCUCCCACCGCAGGAGCAGUAUCACUCCUCCCCCACCAGAGAGCAGUAUCACGCUACCCACCACAGAGAGCAGUUAUCACUCCUCCCCACCGCAGAGACGCAGUAAUCACUCUUCCCCCCCACAGAGAGCAGUAUCUCUCCUCCCCCACGCAGAGAGCAGUAUCACUCCCUCCCCCACCACAGAGGCAGCAACCUCCCCCCGAUACACUCCUCCCCCACCCAGAGAGCAGUAUCACUCCUCCACCCACACAAGAGAGGCAGUAUUCAUCCUCCCCACCACAGAGAGCAGGUUAUCACUCCUCCGCCCACCACAGAGAGCAGUAUUCACUCCUCCCCCACCACAGAGGCAGGUAAUCCUCCUCCCCACCACCAGAGAGCAGUAUCUCACUCCUCCCCACCACAGACGAGAGUCACCAAACAUCCUCCCCGACCACAGAGAGCAGUAUCACUCCUCCCCCACCACCAGAGAGCAGGAUCAUUCCGAGGCUAUCAUCGCUCGACUCCCCCACCACAGAGAGCAGUAUCACUCCUACCCCACCACAGAGAGCAGUAUCACUGCCUUCCCCCACCAGACAGAGCAGUAA